AUGGCCAACCCCGGUACUGGUCCAGAAGUACCCUUGAACCUUUGGAACUGCGUGAAUUGCAGACGGCGCAAGAUCCGAUGCGACCGACGCAGUCCGUGCUCGCACUGCUCCAAAGGGAGCCUCGAAUGCGCCUUUCCCGUCUCCGGACGCGUUCCCACCCGGCGCUACCAACCUGGCUCCUCUACAAGUUCGAAGGAGAAGCAGGUCGAGCUUCUCGGUCGUCUUAGGCACCUCGAGAGCCUUGUCGAUGAGUUGAGCACGCAGCAUGGAGGGAAGACUACUGGGGAUAGUGACCCAUUAACUGCCAACCACUCUGAAAACUUGGUAACUCGAGGGCUGCAUCCGGGUCGGCAGUAUGGCGUGAAUGGAGCACUGGGCGAGGUGACUCCGGAGUUGGGCAGGGUGAUUGCUACCAAGUCUGGCAGCCAGUAUAUUGGAAAUUGCUUUUGGGCGGCUCUUUCCGAUGAGGUAAAGCACAUUCGACAAACUGUUGAGGAGGAUGGCGACGACGAUCCUGACUCAGAGUCAAACAACGAGCAGUCCAUCGGGAGCGCCUCAAGCGGACUGGCUCUCCCUUGGGGGUCGAGGCACUCAGUUUGCGACCUCAGAGACUUGCAGCCUCUUCCGUCUCAGAUGCCCUACAUCUGGCAGAUAUUCGUCGAAAAUGUCGACCCUUGUAUCAAGGUCUUACACACUCCGAGCACCGCAAAGGCUGUCGAGGAGUCCAAGGGCAAAUUCAGCUCUUUAUCUCCUGGAAUGCAAGCCCUCAUGUUCUCCAUCUCUCUGGCUGCGAUCACAUCGCUGAGCGAAGAACAGGUCAGAGAGAACUUCAAUGAUACGAAGAGCCGGUUUAUCACUCGAUUGACCAUUGGCACGGAAGAAGCCUUUUCUCACGCAGACUUCCUCAGCACCUCCGACUUCAGCAUGGUCCAGGCAAUAAUUAUCUAUCUGGAUUUUGUUGGCCAAAAGAAAGGUAACAGAGCCAUCUGGUCACUGACAGGGCUGCUGAUCAGGACAGCCGUCUCAAUGGGCCUGCACCGCGACGGUUCUCAUUUCCCAAACAUCUCCCCGUUCGAAGCCGAGAUGAGACGCCGGCUAUGGUGGAACAUCUGCUUCAUCGAUUCCCGCGUCGGAGAUGGCCAAGUUUCCGAGGUGUCGAUAUCUGAGAGCAUCUUCGACACGCGGGAGCCCUCCAAUCUUGACGACGCCGAUAUUAACCCGGAGAUGACAGAAUUGCCCUCGGCUCGGGAAGGGGUAACCGAUACGACUCUCUGUCUCCUCCGCUGCGAACUCUGGCGUCUCGUGCGACAGAUCCAGUGCUCCCUGUCCGUGUCUCGGCCGCAUAAAGCCACCCCAGGCUCAGACACAGAGCAGGAAGAGCUCGACAUGCGGCUCAAGUCCCAGCAGCGCAUCGAGAGCGACUUCCUCCGCCACCUCGACCCCGACAAGCCAAUGCACUCCUUCAUCGCGGCUCUAGCCCGCAUGUCAUUGGCAAGAGCCGAGCUCGUCACAAGCAGGGGCAACCUCUCCAGCGACGCGCCGUCGAGCCCAACCAACAACCACAAACGGAACAGAGCCUUCCUCACCUCGCUAGCCAGCCUCGAGACCGCCCACGCGCUAGAGGCAUCCCCCCAAACCCGCAAAUGGGGCUGGGUCUUCCGCGGCUGCAUCCCCUGGCACGCCGUCAGCAUCCUGGUGGCGCAGCUGCGGACGCGGGCGUGGGGCCCGACGUGCGAGCGGGCGUGGGCGGCGGUCGAGAGGGUCGUGGACGGGAUCCCCGAGGCGGCGAGGAGGGAGGCGCUGAGGCGGCCGGUGUGGGGGUUGAUGGCGGAUGCGCGGAGGCAUCGGGGGCGGGAGGUUCGGCGUAUCCGGGCGGAUGCCGGGGUGGCGAGGCAGUUGGGGUUGUUGGCGGGGAUGGGCGUUGAGAAUUGUAUGGCCGCUUCUGCCGAGCAGGCGGUAUUUGAUACUGCGGCUGCGGAGGAGAGGUUGGACCUGGAGACGGCUGUCUCUAGAGGAGCCCGGAUGUUGGAGCCGGCGGAUAUUAUGGGCUCGACAUUCGAAAGCGAUGUGUUCGACUGA